AUGUAUAAUAGAAUAAAACACAACAAACCCGACCUGCUUAUGCAUGAUCUGAAGAUCAACGAAAUCAUUAUAACAGAAGUGGGAAUAACGAAUAAACGAAUUAUCCCGACCAUGCACAGACCAUUCGUAACGAAACACUUUAGAAGAUACAUGAAUCAAAUGGAGGUACUCGAGAAGAUCCAAGCCUACAUGCAAAUACAUACGCUGAAACGAACGUGUGACUGUAUUCUGGUAGAUUUAAAAACAUACAACGUAGACGCACCCAUGGAUGGCGAGGAAUUGGAAAGGUUGCUUGACAAUUUGUGA